AUGCAGCCAGCCACACCACCACAGCCCGGCACCCACCAACAGACCAGCCACACCAACAGCAGCCCACCACAGCCAGCCCCACCAACAGCCCGUCCCCACCAACAGCCCGCCCCACAAAUAAAGCCCUCCCCACCAACAGCCAGCACCAACCAAAGCCGCCCCCACCAACAGGCCCGCCUCAACCAACCAGCCAGCCACCCAAACAGCCAGCCCACCAACAGCCAGCCCACCAACAGCCAGCCCCACCAACAGCCGCCCCACCAACAGCCAUCCCCACCAACAGCCCGCCCCACAACAGCCGCCCCACCAACAGCCCAUCCCCACCAACAGCCGCACCACCAACAGCCAGCCCCACCAACAGGCCCUGCCCAACCAACAGCCAUCCCCACCAACAGCCCGCCCACCAACAGCCAGACCCACCAACGCCAUCCCCACCAACAUCCCUCCCCACAACAGCCCUCCACCACCCAACUCAAUGCACCACAACAGCUCAUCCCCACCAACAGCCAGCCCCAGCCACCAUACACCCAGCCCCACCAACAUUCCAGCCCCACCAACAGCCCGCCCACCAACAUCCAUCCCCAACAACACCCAGUGGCCCCACCAACUCCGCCCCAAAAACAGCCAUCCCACCAAGAGCCCGCCCACACACCAACAUCCAUCCCCACACCAUACAGCCAGCCACCAAACAUCCUCCCAACCACAGCCCGCCCCACCAACAUCCAUGCACCACAAACAUCCCGCCCCACCCACAUCCCGCACCACCAACAGCAGCCCCACCAACAUCCAUCCCCACCAAAUCUCAUCCCCACCACCAACAGCACUCCCACCGAAACCCAGCCCACCCAACAGCCAAGCUCCCACCAACAUCCCGCCCCACCAACACCCAUCCCCACCAAUCAAUCCCCACAACAGCACCCCACCAACGCCAGCCCCACCAUACAGCCCGCACACCGACACCCCAUGUUCCACACCAACAGCCCGCCCCACAACAGCCAGCCCACCAACAAGUCCAGCCCCACCAACAGCCAGCCUCCACUAACAACAGCCCCACCACCAACAGCCAGCCCCCACCAGCAGCCAGCCCCACCACCAACAGCACGCCUCCACCAAUCCAUCACCAACCAACGCCCGCCCCACCAAAAGACCAGCCCCACCAACAGCCAGCACCACAACAAGAUCAGCCCUCACCAAACACCAAGCCCCACAGCAGCCAUGACCACCCUACCAACAGGCCCGGCCCACAACAGCCAGCCCCACCAACACCAGCCCCACCAACAGCAGCCCCACCAACAGCAGCCCACCAACAGCCAGCCCCACCAACACCAGCCCCACCAACAGCCAGCCCCCCAACAACGCAGCCCCACCACCAACAGCCAGCCACAGCCAACAUCACUCACCAUCAAAAGCCGCCCCACAAAACAGUUCCCUCCCCACCAACGCCGACCCACAGCCAAAAGCCCGUCCCAACCAACAGCCAGCCCCUACCAAAACAAGCAGCCCCACCAACAUCGUCCACCACCGACACCCAGCCCCACCACAUCCAUCCCCAUCCAACAGCCUACCCACCACAACAUCUCCUCCCCACAACAGCCAGCACCCACCAACAUCCAUCCCCACCACCAACAUCCCUCCCCACCAACAUCCAUCCCCACCAACAUCCAUCCCCACCAACACCAUCCCCACCCAACAUGCCAGCCCCCACCACCAACAGCCCGUCCCCACCAACAGCCCCGCCUCACAACAGGCAGCCCCACCAACACCCUGCCCACCAACAGCCAGCCCCACCAAACCCGCCCACUCAAAAGCCCAGCCCACCAACAGCCUCCCCACCAACAAGCCAGCCCCACAAACAUCCAUGCACCACAACAGCCAGCCCACCAACAGCCAGCCAAACCACAACAGUCCCAGCCCCCACCAGCAAACAGCCCGCCCACCAACAAGCCAGCCCACCAACAGCCAGCCCCCCAACAGCCGCUCCCCAACAACAGCCAGCCCACCAACAAGCCGCACCACCAAACAGCCAGCCCACAACAGCCAGCCCCACAACAGCCUCCCCACCACCAACAUCCCCCACAUCAGCGCAGGCCCACCAACAGCCCGCCCACCAACAUCCAUCCCCCCAGCAGCCAGCCCCACCACCAUACAACCAUGCCCACCAACAGCCACCUCCCCACCAAACCCAGCCCACAACAGUCCCAUCCCACCAACAUCCCCCCCACCAACAUCCGCCACCAACAUCCCGCACCACCAAACAUCCUGCCUCCACCAACACAAUAUACAACCUACCAAACAAAGAUGGUUAUCAACAUAGCAGGCUUGCAAAUGCAAACAAAAGCAAAUUGGGAUUCCACCGGGAGAGAAAUUUGUUUUAUGCAUCCCAUUGCAAUGCCAGCACAGCAAGCAUUCACACAGUUUCUAAAACCGUGGUUUGCAAUUGAACAGGGAACACGCUUUGCAGUGUUGUCCUAUAGUAAAUACACAUAUUCCUAA